AUGACCAUUAGUAAUACCAUCUUCAGAAAGAGACAAGAGCCUUCGGGCACAAGCACAACAUCGUUUAGGAGUAAUGGGUUUGUCUGUCAGAGUUUCACAAAGGCAGAAAAGAGUCAGAUAUGGGCCGAAGAAAAGUGGUUCAGACUCAAGGGUAUUCAGAUCAAACUACAAUUAACGACACGAGUGUUGAGAGAAAUAGAUUCAGAGAUCACCGAUAUUGAGGAAUCGUGGAACAGAGCAAAUGAAAUCAUAAUAAAAGUCGGAGAGGUGUUAGGGGAAAGCAGUGGAAAGAUCUGGGAAAAUAAGGAAACGUGGAGGUUUAAUGAGGAGAAGACUGUAGCAAUUGACAAAUCUGAAGCAUAUGACCAGCUUUACGAAGAGCUAGAAACAAAAGAAGGCCAAGGGGAGAUUUUGCGAAAACGGCUGGACCUGAUAACGUGUUAUGAUAGUCAAGGAAUCGCACAGAAACGCUACAGCCAAGGUGAGGAACUACAGAUAGUUGUAACUACAGAUAGCUGCCAGGUCAAAGGCGGACUCCAUCAAGGCUCGGUAAUAAGCCCAUUCCUUUUUAAUAUAGUGUUUGAUGUGCUAAUGGAAGCAGCUAGAGAAAACCCACCGGAUGAUGUUUUAGUGGCAACGAAUGGAGAAGGAGAUCAACAACACACGAUACAGUUAGAUAGAGGGAACACUAAGAAAGCAAUGACAGAACCAUCAGGAGAAUUGGAUAAAGAAAUAAAUCACCGUAUUCAAUGUGGAUGGAACAACUGGAGGAAGGUGACGGGUGUGAUAUGUGACAGAAGAGUGCCAAUGCGACAGAAAGGAAAGGUCUUCAGAGAAGUAGUAAGGCCGGCAAUGAUGGUUGGAAGCAGCUGCACUCAAGCAAGUAGAAGAGAAGAAACUCGAUGUUACAGAAAUGAAGAUGCUAAGAUGGAUGUCUGGAGUGACACGGCGGGACAGAAUUAG